CUUCUUCUCAGUGGGAAACAGCAGCAUAACAUAACAAGUCUCAUAGAGAGAGAGAGAGAGAGAGAGAGAGAGAGAGAGAGAGAGGUUGUGGGAGAGGAGACAUGAACAUGAAGGAGCAGCUCUCCAGAGAUGAGAUAUUCAUAGGGAGUCCAUUCAUGAAGUCGUAUGAGACAACCCCAGAGAGACAUUCCUCUCUGUCUGAACCCCUCAGCUCCUUAAUCCACAGCCCUUCUUUCUCUGAUGAUGAGGAAGACGAAGACCCCUCUCCUCCCUUCAGACCCGGUGCAGAGAAAGAUGAUUCCAAGAAGGGACGGACCAAGAAGAAGUUCGGGAGGAAAAGCAGCUUCGCUUACAGGAUCCGUGACCACGUUAAACUUGGGCCGAAGCUGUCUGAUACUGUGAAGGGGAAGUUGAGGCUUGGGGCGAAGAUAAUCCAGGAAGGAGGAAGAACGAACAUAUUCAAGCAGGUGUUCGGGAUGAAGGAAGAGGAGAAGCUGUUGAAAGCUUCACAGUGCUACUUGUCCACGACAUCAGGCCCCAUCGCGGGGCUCCUCUUCAUCUCCACCGAGAAGAUUGCCUUCUGCAGCGAGAGAUCCAUCGCCUUCCCCUCCUCAACGGGGCAGGUCUUUAAGGCCCCUUACAAGGUUUUGAUCCCGACGAGGAAGAUAAGGAGCGCCAACGAGAGCGAGAACGUGAACAAGCCAGAGCAGAAGUACAUAGAGAUUGUCACGGAGGACGGGUACGACUUCUGGUUCAUGGGAUUCUUGAGGUACGAGAAGGCCUUCCGGAACCUCGAGAAGGCCAUCUCCAUGGCCAAGGGACUGUAAAUAGGAAUUUUUGUUUGAAGUUAUAGGUGAAGGGAGUGAAGAGUUCCAAAAGGGGAGUCUUUUAUCUCUUUAGUGUGAUCAAAUGUGUUUUUGUGUGUUUGUGAGCACAUUCAAUUUUGUCAUAGCCAUAGUGUUUAAGGUUGGAAACAGUGUUAGAACCUUCUCCGCACGUUGUGAAACUGUCAAGAUCUGUAACAUAUCCAGCGAUUUCAUUUUCGAUU